ACACACACGGGGCCUAACAGUCGCCACAUCUUUUCAUGCGAAGAAGCUGUGCUGCUAAAACACCCUUUUUUGGUUUCCCAAAACAACUCCGGCCCGGGCCUCAGUCCGCGGUCUAGAGUUUGAUAUCAGGCUGUUUGAGAGUGAAGCACACCGGUGUGUAGCUGCCAGCCAGCGCCUGUAACCCCCAGCCACCAUCAUGGGAGACAGUAGAGAUUCCCGCAGCCCAGACAGUUCGUCUGUGUCCUCCCCCCCGUCUGGCCAGCGCUCACCCCCACUGGUUCCCUCAGCUGCAGCUUCCAUGACCUCCCUUCCUCCCAUCACCUCCGCCGGAGUCAACAGCCCCAUCAGUAGCAUUGGUUCCCCUUUCUCCGUCAUCAGCUCUUCGCUAGGCUCACCCUGCCUACCCGGCACACCGUCAGUAGGCUACGGCCCCAUUAGCAGUCCGCAGAUCAACUCAACAGUGUCCAUGUCAGGACUCCAUGCAGUGAGCAGUUCAGAUGAUGUGAAACCUCCUUUGGGCUUGAAGCAGCUGUCAGCCCACAGCCCAGGCCCGAUGCUUUCCCAGAAACGCCUUUGUUCAAUCUGCGGAGACAGAUCUUCUGGUAAGCACUAUGGUGUCUACAGCUGCGAGGGUUGUAAAGGUUUCUUCAAACGGACAGUGAGAAAAGACCUGACCUACACCUGUCGGGACAAUAAAGACUGUAUGGUGGAUAAGAGACAGAGGAACCGCUGCCAGUACUGCCGCUACCAGAAGUGCCUGGCCAUGGGCAUGAAGAGAGAAGUGGCCAAGAUGAACGACAGAUCUGUUCAAGAGGAGCGGCAGAGGAACAAGGAGCGGGAGGGUGAAGUGGAGUCGACCAGCGUGGUGAAUGAGGAGAUGCCGGUGGAUAAGAUUUUGGAGGCUGAGAUGGCCGUAGAGCAGAAGACAGAGCUGCACGCAGAUGGAAGUUCAGGAGGAAGCUCUCCCAACGAUCCCGUCACAAACAUCUGUCAGGCAGCAGAUAAGCAGCUCUUCACCCUGGUGGAGUGGGCCAAGAGGAUCCCUCACUUCUCUGAGCUGCCGCUGGAUGACCAAGUCAUCUUGCUACGUGCAGGUUGGAAUGAACUCCUGAUUGCGUCGUUCUCCCAUCGCUCCAUCUCGGUGAAGGACGGGAUCUUACUGGCGACCGGCCUUCACGUCCACAGGAACAGUGCUCACAGUGCGGGUGUUGGAGCCAUCUUUGACAGGGCGCACAAUGCCGAGGUUGGGGCCAUAUUUGACAGGGUUUUGACAGAGCUUGUGAGUAAGAUGAGAGACAUGCAAAUGGAUAAGACAGAACUGGGCUGCCUGCGAGCCAUUAUCCUCUUCAACCCAGAUGCCAAGGGUUUGUCCAACUCCAGUGAGGUGGAGCUCCUGAGAGAAAGAGUGUACGCAUCUCUCGAGACUUACUGCAAACAGAAAUACCCCGACCAGCAGGGCAGGUUUGCAAAGCUCCUCCUCCGGCUCCCAGCACUGCGCUCCAUCGGUCUAAAGUGCCUGGAGCACCUGUUCUUCUUUAAACUGAUCGGUGACACGCCCAUCGACACCUUCCUGAUGGAGAUGCUGGAGGCACCUCACCAGCUCACCUAGAGGAGCCAGCCAGGUUCAGUCCGGUCAGGAUCCGAUGCACACCAGGAUUACCUACAGCCUGCCCCCCCGUUGGGUCGCUGGCUCUUGCCAUUGGGCUUCACUUAAACUGCAGCACCUGCUGGUUUUAAUGUACCAGCUCUUACACUUAUACACACACAUACUGUAGACCUACACACACACAUGUUCCCUGUCACCGGCUAAUUCUCCACACACACACACACACACACUGUUAUAUGCAGAUCCUAACUUGCAGAAAUGAAUCGACAUGCAUAACUAUUACACAGGAUAUGGCUCUGAAUGAACAGUAUGCUAAUACAUACACACACAUACAUGCAAACAAACUCCUCACAUUUGCACCCUCUUCUCCCAUACUCAGUUUUCCCCCGUAGGGGUUAAGACUCAAGGAAUAUAUUUCCCCUUUUUAUUACAAAAUUACAGCUAAUGUCUUAAUUUUAAUUUAGCCUUCAGUUUUCACAUCUUCAUCUCACAGUGGGUUUUUGCUUCUGCAUAUCUGGUGUACUUCCCCUGUUUUUACCUGGUUACACAGCUAGCUGCACCUCUGUAUAUUGUAUCCAUCAUUAGUCGGUUAGUUAUCCAUGUAUGGUUUUAGCUUAAAAUCAGGUGCGUAGCAUUUCAAUCAACUGUCCACCAUCAAACAAAUUGACUUCUUAUUGGUCAGGAAGUGUCCUAUAACGGACAGGCAGACACACCCUCCCAGUGAGUUCAUCCAAUCGUGUUAACCUUAAAAUAUUUUAUGUUUUUUUUUUUUGAAUAUUCAUGCUGAAACUUGUUUGAGUUUCUAUCUUGAAGUACUGUACUCAUGAAAUGAGAGCUUUUUCCAAGGCAUUGUAAUCCAGGAAAAGGGGGCUGGGAGCACUUUGUUGAAAAGACAGACUUUGUCCUUCCCACCCUGAUGCGCACAGUGGGCUUUGUAAGACAAGAAGAAUGACUUGAAUUUUCUUUUCUUUUCUUUUUUUCCUUUUGCUUUGAUUUGAUUUUAUCCUUUUCACUACUUUGGCAGUUGGUUGGCAUUUUGAACAGUUUGAGGCUCACAGAAAGUACAGCUUCAUGCAAGAUAAAAUAGUAUUUGUUUCUCUUGUAUCUCCCGUUCCUCCAAAUCCCCCCUUUCCUGGUGGUCAUUUAUGCACUUUUUGUGAGUUGUAACUGUGUAAAUGUUCCUGUUUUCUCAAAAUGACCAUCUAUUCUCAGACACCUAAGAUGACCUUGAAGGUACUAUGUGUAGGGUUUUCUCAUUAUUGCAUCAAUUUCAAAUCAGAUGAAAUGAUUUGAUUUAGGCUUUGCAGAAUAAUUUGCUACUUCCUGUACAGAUGAUAACCAGGUUUGGGAAUUAACACUAGCCACCAAUCAAAUAGUUGAAACUGUUGGCUGGCAGCAGGUAUGUUAACUUGUUCCAACAGUCCAGCUGAUAGUCGACUAUUAUGAUAGGUAGCUCUUUAUUCCAAAAAUCUGCUUUGUAUCAGCUGUCCGUUGGCCACAGAAGAGGAGAAUAAUCUUCUGUGUAGCACUGGCCAACCUGUAGCGGUGUUGUGAGUAAAUAAAUUAGUCUAGUUUUGACCUUUCUUCGCCGCAGCUAUGGAAGUGUCCUUGUACAAGUUACUGAACGAACCAGUAUGUGAGGCAUUGCUUUGCAUUCAAGAUGCUGCACUCUGUCCUCCUUUUCAAAACGAGGUGCAAAAACUGAAUUUUUAGUGCAACACACACACACAAAAAGAACAGCAGAGAUGGUAAAUAUAAAGAUUAGAAGUGAUUCUACAGUGGCAAUAAUGCAACAUCUCAUUUCACCAAGUAGUCAGUCAGUGAUACUACUACUACUUUAACCCAUCGUUCAUGGAUGGAUCAUCAGCUGCAGAUAUCAAUUCUUAAAACAAAAGCACCAGUGUUUGACUCGCAGAGGAUGUUUUGUGUGCCAUGUUACUGUAUCGCAAUAAUGAAAUGAAUUAGUUCUAUUUAAUGGAAAUCCUACACUUACUACCUGCAGCUUUGAAAACUUUAUUCAGUGUGUAUCAGCUCAAUGCUUGCGACUUUUGUACAGUAGAUGUAAAUAAUAGAAGAAAGAGAAAAAAAAAAUCACACAGGAGUCAUGCAGAAACAAAGGCCUGUUCACACUCAUGUGAAUGUGAAAUAUAUGGCUCUAACAAAAUUUGAAAAGCUCUAUUUUUUUGCUGUCGAAUCAACAUUAGACUCGCCUUCCGUGUAUUGACGUCACCAUUAAAUUAUUAUUGAGCCCAGGGCCAAAACCACACCUCACUGCUGCUUUUGCACCAACUUCUGCCAAUGUUUCCUGAUGUUCUUGGUAAUUGAUUGGCUGGAUGUUAUUGACAAUGGCACUUGACAUUUACUGUGAUUGAAAAAUUGUGGGCAACUGAAUCUGAGCAUUGCAUUAAGAAGUCAAAUGCAGCUACCACAUGAUCAGGAUAUAUGAACUAUGAAUUAAACCGUCUACAACAUGCUCCAAGUUGAUCAAUACUGGGGUACACAUUAAGACUUUAUUGCCGUUUUUUGUUAGUAAAGUAUUUAAAGGAGUGUUGAAGUUCAGAAGUAUAUUUAGCCUUCUUAUUAGUCACUGCAUUUCAUACAAAAAAUUCGUAACGUACAUUUUGCAGUAUCAUUCUACAGGGAAGAGGUACAGUUGUCCUCUACCAGGUGCUAAAUAACUGAUGUGGUCUUUUUAGUUUGAGACUUGCACAUUUACAUCAAUGCAAAUACACAAGAUAGAUCAAGACAGCCAUUUCUCCACCACAGGUCUGCUUAACAUUUUUUAUUUUAUUUGUUACUUUAUGACCCCUAACUUUAUUGCAGACUUCCAGCUAUGGAAAAUGAACACCAGCUAAGUGCUUGUACAUUUUGGCUGUGGUGGAUAAGUCUCUGUACGUUACCAGACACAGCUUAGAGUCUUUUGUAUUUUAGAAAGGCUGGUGGAAACGGUGAGAGUAGCCGUUUAAUUUCGGGGGUCCGCCCACCCGCCUGCUACUUUGACCACAUUUGAGCAAUGAGCUUCCUGCCCUGCAGAUAGUCCAAAUACUUCUACUCAGAGACGAUCCUCGGCCUCCCCCCAUGUGAUGUGGACAAUGGAGGCCGACAGUUAAAGAUGACCUGUGAGACAGGUGGUUCUUUUGAACACGUCAAUUAGUUGGUCUAACCAUAGAGUUUGGUGUUGUUUCAUUUUUUUUCUCCACUCAUGCAUGCGUACGGCCAUCUAAAAAAAAAAAGUAGUCUCCAGAUGUCCAUUCAUUUCAUACAUGCAGAGGAAAGUCAGCCCCGCGUACACCGUUACUGCCUCAUUUUGGUGUUUGUUAGCGUGGAAUAGCCAGGUGCAACUGAUGCUUUGAGUGAAAAGCACCAACACCUGCUUGAAUUCUUAUACUGUAUAUUCUACCGUUCGGUCUCAGUGCUUUAGCAGACUGAAUUGGUUCAGACGAGCCAAUAAGAGCAGUUUUGAGACUUAAGUGAAAAAAAGAUUUUGUGGCAACCGGGCUUUGAGACACUUUCUCAGUCUUUUUGUUGUUGGAGCAUAUCUCUAGAUUAGAGGUAAGAUAACCUUUAAAAGUGCAACCCAAAAUGAGAUUUUGAGAGUAGCCUGACUUUCGUAUGUGCGCUUUUGUAAAUAAUCUUACCUUCUGUUUGGUUGGUAGCUCAGCAUCUUUAUCUGCAGGAUUUCUUUUUUUUUUAAUGUUUGGAGCUUCCUCUGUUGAAUGUUUCAGCUUGCUGCUACAGCAUCACGUUUAAAGCCGGGGAUGGGAAUGAUUACAGAAUCAUUCAAGUGCUGAGUGACGCCUUUAUCUAUGUUAAGAAUAUCACAAACGUAACACAAUUGUCUGAGCAAAUGCCAAUCCUUUGUUGACGAUUCAUCAAAAAUCAACAUAUGCAACUUGUAUAUUCAUAUUGUGGUAACGUGAUUAAGCAGUCGUCAUGCAAUAUGCACAUUAUGUUUCUGGCAUUUGUCAUUUUUUAGCUUUUAGUCUGUUACAUCAGUUAAUAAUAAUAACUGGCAUUGAAAUUAUUUAGUUUCCAUCCCUCCAUAUAACAGCAAUGCAUUUUAAGUUUUGCUAUGCCAUGUUCGUAUUUCUUUACAUUUUUGCUUUGAGCUUAGGUCAUUUGAAGAUGAAAAAGCAAGAGCUGGUGGUUGGGUGUCUUCUUUUUUUCCAUUCUUUCUUUUUGUUUUUUGCAUUUGUUAUAAGGUAAGUGUGGCCACAUGUGUUAUACUUUAAGACACGUGUGUGUGAAAUCUGUCUGCAGCUACCUUUUGACUGGCAGAUACUGUAGCUUCGGCUGUGACGUGCUGAGCGCUGUUUAAUUGAAUUUGUCGUGCAACAUAAUAAAAAGGAUGCACAGAGGAAUUAGGAGCCAGGCUGGAGGAGUGAUUUAAAACUGGCUUUGUUGACCUGAUGCUUUAUCGACACAACUCAGCCUCCUCCCUUCAUUCACUUUGCCCCGUCUCCACUGCUUUUCUUUAAGUUUUAGUUUUAGUUUUAGUUUUUUUAAACUGAAACGCUUAUUCACUCGCCCACGUUGGCUGAAAACGUCUUGGGCUUUUUGUGUUGGAAAUGGACUUGUAACCUAAAAACUUGCCGAUUCUUCUUUGGACUGUUUGAAAAGGAUGUGAAGCUUUUCUUGAAUCAAACAUAUGGAGAGCUGUAAGGAAGGGAUUCAGUACUGUGUGUCCCUCUUUGCUUAACUUUACUUGACGGCAGAGCAGCGACGAUCUGCGGUCGCCGUGGGAGACCGCCGGAUCGCACCGCAACGCCCACAAAAAUGUUUGUCGUUGCAACCGUGUGCACUCAAGGCAGACGCAUGCUGUGACCUUUUGACUGUGUAGCAGUAUUGUUGUCGCCGUCUUUGUUACAUUUUUGAAAUUACUCGCUUUUUGAAAAUAAAGACAUUAAUUAAAUAUGCUUUUUUUUUCUUUCUUUUUAAUGGAUCGCAGGCUGUGACUGAAGAAUUGAUCAUUGUGUAUAGAUUAGAUAUCAGGGUGGCAUUUUGACCUAUUGACACAGGCCCCCUGGAGCCGAGGCCCAUCCCAUUAUGAUCAAUGAGGCGCAGUGUGUGCUAUGCAGCCUUGAAACCACCACCCUCACUGGUUUAUUUAUCACUGCCAAGCUGUUAGCGGAUGUGGCCGUUUUAAAUGCAGGGCCACUCUGUGCCCAGUGCUUGUUUUGUCAUAUAUGUUGUGAUUAUUGUGCGGCGUACUAAAGAGUGUGCGCUAACCUUGCCCUGUGUAGUGCAUACUAAAGAGGGGCCCUAAUAGGAAUGGAAUGACAGCUCGUGUGGAGAGGGGAGAACUGGUCUUAGGAGAGAUGAGUAGACCAGUGUGUGGCCCCCUCUGGGUGCUCAAGCUGUGCAUUGGUGCUUUUUUUUUUUUCUUUCUUUUUUUUUUAAGGGUUCCCCAGUCUGAAAACUUUGGUUUCCAAGACACAGGGAAAUGCAUAUAUGAGUGAAAUGCAAAUAAGGAAUGGUUUGACCAGCCUAGCCCUUGCCCUACACCUAGACCUGCUCUUCUUGAGCUGCAUUUGGUUGGGUGUUUUCUGCAUCCAGGUCCAACUGCAACGUUUUGUGUGUUUACUGUGUCAGGAUCACGUGUGGCUCUAGCUGGAUAUGACCAGCAAUAAAAAAACAAAACCCUCAGAAUCAGUUCUAGAUUAAGAGGGAGAAACUGUGGCUCUAAUUGUAGACACGCAGUGUUAAAGGCCACCGUCGAAAUCCACACGUCUGGUUUGCAGACAACAACCCGCCCCCCUGAGCAGGAUCUAGAUACAUUGAAUGAACUUGAUGGGAGGCGUCAACUUACUAUUAUAGCAUUGGAGGUUGUUGUUGUUGUUGUUGGUUUUAAAGGUUGGAGGAAUUGUGAAGGGUUGGUUAGAGAGAAGGAGGGAGGAAAAAGAGGGCAGGGACUUAAAGAACUCUGAUCAGGUGUUUAUUUGUCGAUCAAGAAGAAAAACAGAAAAAAAAGACUUUUUUUCCAGUAGAUCCUAGAAUCUUCCUUAAUGUUUACUCUUCACCUAAACAAAAUUCACACUGUUUCUUUAUCUCGUUUCCUGUCUCCCUCUUCUCUGACUAUGCUAUUCAUCUUUUGUUUAUUACAAAGUAUUAAACAAAUACAAGAACUGUAAAAUCUGAAUG